AUGAAAUUUAUUCUAGUUACAUGUUUGCUAGUUAUAUUAAUUAACAACGUUAUAUGUCCGUACUCAGCUGCCGAUUGCAAAACUAAGGAACAGUUUGAGGCCAAAGCCAAACAAUUGAUAGGCAGCAUCAAUGCCGUCAAACCGGCCCUUUCGGCAUUUUCGGCCGCCCAUAAGGACAAGUUGACCGCACCGCAAAAACAGGCCCUCGAUAAGGUACAGUCGGAUUUGAACAGUUUUACCAAACAAAAAGAGUCCCUAAUGGCACAGGUCAAGUCCGGCCAGGUAUCUGUGGCACAGGGAUGCGAAAAAGCCAUAGCAAUGUCCACUAAAUUGGCUCAAGAUAUACAGCAACUGCAAAAGGUGGCCUAA